CGUGCAGGAUUUUUUUUUUUUUUUUUUGCCCUUUUGUUUUGCACAUUUGUAAGCGUCACUGUUGAGAAGACGUCGUUACUCUUCUUUUUUGUUUGUUUUAACACUACAGGAGGAUUGCAGGAGACAAAAUGGGGAAAGUGAACAUCUGGCUGAAAAGGAGUUUCAUUAUUGUCACAAGUCUGAUGGCGAUGAUCGGCGCGCUCAUGUUGGCCGGGACCCUUUUCAGCCACGGGCACUACCAUCAGGAUGAGCAAUUUGAGGAUAUGCUCGUGGGCAUCAACACCAUGUACGCUUUGUCCAUCACGACCCUGAUACUGCCCAUCAUCGGCUUAUAUGGUGCAUGCAAAGAGAAGAGAUGGGGGCUCAUUGUGUUCACAGUUGGAAAGAUCCUGGGCAGCCUGUUUGUGCUUUACAUGACCAUCCAUGUGCUGAUCGUGCGGCCCAUGGUCAUCAAGAUCGUGUCCAAAUCAUACCUAAGCAUGCAACCGAUUAGCAACGCCAGUGAGAUCGAUGUGAAAAUCCUGCAGAAGACCCAAAUAGAAAUGGAAUGCUGUGGAGUGCAGCAGGGCUACAUGGAGUGGGGCUAUAACAUCUCCGAAUCCUGCCUGUGCAACGGCAUCUCGGCCAACUGCGUUGAGGCCCCUACGAACAGCAGCCUGUUCCAGCUCGCAGAGAACACGCCAGUCAUGAUUUAUAAAGAGCCAUGUCUACCAAUUCUGAUUUCACAUAUAAACUUGGCCAUGAGGGUCGUGGUGGGCGUCUCAAUGGGCCUGACUUCACUUUGGACGUUGUCGUGCGUGCUGAGCAUCGCCAUCUUGUGUCAGCUGAGAGAAAAAAAGGACACGCUGGUGGUAGCGUACAGUCGAGAGGCCAAAACGGGUAACUACGCCGUCCUCGCCGAGCCGGCGGAGCUCACCUGAUGGUCUGGACGCACUUCAAAAGUCACGCUUGUGAAAUCAGUGCUUAACCUAACCAAAAUUUGAUUAGUGAAUGUUGUAUCGUGUGCAAUUGAAUGCAAGCAUGGGAUUCCUUGAAGGAAUUCCGUGAGGACGUUUUUGCUGUGAUGUUCCUAUUAUUGUUUGUUUUAAAAUUGAAUUGUGCAAUAAAAUGAUUGCAAUUUUUUUCGCCCCUGUUGGUAAAAGGAGUUAUUUUGUAUGAAGGUUUUAUCUGUUUAUAGCUUUAUUAAUAACCAACAACCUAAAGCAACAAUUCUUACAUUUUAUUUCCUCUAUUUACAAUCAAGUAUAUUACAUAACUGAUGCCAUUACAUAUUCAUUGGACACAGUUUGGAAAAAAAAUGCAUGAAGUACACUCAUUUUGCCCUUCAAAUAAAAUGGAUGAAAUAAAUAAUAAUAAUAAAAAAAAGCUUUACGACUCCAUAAAUGUGCUUUGAUACAAACUGAGGUUUCCAGUGUAUACAAUGUGUGGUAACAUUCUCUGUCAUUUCUGUUUUAAUGCCAUUCAAACCUGUCUGAUUAAAUAACAAACACUGUGCUCCA